UUGUUUGGUCAAGCAGUCAGGCAGAUAUAGGGAUGGACGGCAGACAAUAUAACUGCAGACUCAGCUGGUGCAGUUGACUCCAGUCCUUUAUUUCUCUCUACAGGAAUCUCACCAGCACAAGAUGAAGCUGACAUUUGCUCUCAUCCUUGCACUCCAAGUGUCAGUGUGUGUCUGGGCACAGGACUGGCCCGAGCCUGACAAGGAGUUAGUUGAUAAAUAUACUGGGCUGAAGGAAGUUUUCAUCAAGAGGCUCGUCACUGCUUGGGAAAAGACCAAAGACGCCGCUCAGCCACUGCUAGAGGGCUCCCCAACAGGAGAUAGUGCCAAGGAGAUUUUUGAAGAAAUAAAGAAAAGUCCAAGAGUGGAAAGCACUGUCAAAAUUAUCAGCGGUCUGGCCGGUGAGCUCGAGCCCGUCGUGGAGAAAGCUCGCUUGGCUCUUCUCGGUGCUUAUGGCCAUUAUCUCCGGCCCUACAUUGGCGAACACCUGGACACAGCAAUCACCAGCAUCAAGCCAGUGCUGGAUACCGUCCUGCCUGCUGAUGGUUAGAGUCCACUGCUCGUCAACCACUGACUCCUUCAACCCAAAAAAACAUGCAUUUUCAUUGCUUCAAUAAUGGAUCCAAAUCUAAAACUAUCUGACAGCUGUGUGUCCAGCACAGUCAUCAUGUCAGUAUAGUUUUUUUUGCAUGUAUAUACUGUAUCUGUGUAUUUGAUACUGUUCUGUUUAGCGCAGGAAAAAAUAACAUCCGGUCCAGCAUUAAUAGAUUAUGAAUUAUGUGAUUUUGUGUGCCUCAUAGAGAAACAAGAAUCAUUCUAAAUAAAAACCACUGGAAAAUGCAAA